CCGGGCCGUGCCGGGCGGGCGGGGAGGCGGCGGCGGCGGUGGCGGCGGUGCCCGGGCGCGGUGCGACAUGUCCCACCAGACCGGCAUCCAAGCUAGUGGAAGUCUUAAAGACAUCUUUGUUGGAGCCAGAAAUGGACAAUACAGGCUUUUAAAAAUAGUCAUUGAGAAUGAGCAGCUUGUUGUGGGAUCCUCUAGAUGGCCAGUUGGAUCAUGGGAAAAAGAUUAUGAUUCCUUUGUCCUUCCUCUUCUUGAAGACAAGCAACCAUGUUAUAUACUCUACAGAUUAGAUUCUCAGAAUGCUCAAGGAUAUGAAUGGAUCUUCAUUGCAUGGUCACCUGAUCACUCUCCUGUUCGUCAAAAAAUGUUGUAUGCAGCAACCCGAGCAACGCUUAAGAAAGAAUUUGGAGGUGGCCAUAUUAAGGAUGAAGUAUUUGGAACGGUACAGGAUGAUGUUUCACUGAAUGGAUAUCAAAAAUAUUUGAUAUCACAAUCCUCCCCUGCACCUUUGACUGCAGCAGAAGAGGAACUUCGACAAAUUAAGAUUAACGAGGUACAGGCAGAUGUUGGUGUGGAUACCAAGCAUCAAACACUGCAAGGAGUAGCAUUCCCCAUUGCUAAAGAAGCUAUUCAGGCUCUGGAGAAACUGAAAAAUAAGAAACUCAAUUAUGUACAACUGCAAAUUGAUAUGAAAAAUGAAACUAUUAUUUUGGCCAACACGCUUGAUACUGAACUUAAGGACUUGCCAAAAAGAGUUCCAAAGGAUGCUGCGCGUUACCACUUUUUCCUGUAUAAGCACACACAUGAAGGAGACUAUUUGGAAUUCAUAAUUUUCAUCUACUCUAUGCCAGGGUAUACCUGUAGCAUACGAGAACGAAUGCUCUACUCUAGUUGCAAAAGUCCUCUGUUAGAAAUUGUAGAAACACAGUUGUGGAUGCAGAUAGUCAGGAAGAUUGAAAUAGACAAUGGUGAUGAGUUAACUGCUGACUUUCUUUAUGAAGAAGUACAUCCAAAACAACAUGCUUACAAACAGAGUUUUGCUAAACCAAAAGGUCCUGCAGGGAAGAGGGGAAUACGAAGACUGAUCAGAGGUCCAGCAGAGACUGAAACACUUAGUGAUUAGAAAUUGUGUUUGUAUUUGUUAAAAUAUUAGAGUAAGAAAUGGAAAUCUGGCUUUUGGUAAUGAACUGAAAUCAUUCCAUUCAUAGAUGCUAGGGAUAAAAAAAAGCUCUUUUUACUCUUCUCUUUUCUGACCUCAACACUUUUUAUAUUAUAACAUGAUUAUAUUUGUUGACCAUGUUUUAUGACAUAUAGAAGAGGUAAUUAUUUUAAAGCUAGAAGAGAAAAACUAAGCUAGUACCCCUUUAUUUUGAUUUAGAAUCCAUUAUUUAAUAGCUGUACAUGUCAUCAUAAGACUAUGUAAGACUAUGAAGCCCAUGUGUUCUGUGGGUAAGUCACAGCUAUAUUGUUAUGUGUAGCCUAUUAAACCUGUAAUAUUUUCCAUGUGAGAAGAGAUGAAGGACUACAUAGCAUUGUUCCAAUUAAAACUUUAUUUUUCCUUGUAGCACUUAUGGGCAAUAGUAGAAUAGAAGGUUGUCUUUAGUUUUUGUUGCUUUGUUUGGUUUUGUUUUUUUUCCUUGAAAUGGAAAAGAUAAAUUAAAAUCAGUUAUUGUUCAAUUAAUAUAAGCAUUCAGGAAUAGGUGGACAUUUUCCUAGGCAAAAACUUGGUCAUCUCAAAUUCAUAAAUAAUUUCAUGAAUUACCUUUUAAAGAAAUCUGACAUAAAAUACCAUAGCUUUUCCAGACUUCUGUAUCACUCGUAAGUGUUACAUAUUAGGUACUGAAUGACCAAGUAAAAGAUGACUAGAGUUAGUAUACUCAAUAGAUUAUAGAGCUGCUUUCAGAGCAAUAUGCCCAAAGUAUCUAAUAAAUAAUUAAUUAUCAGCGCACUUGGAUCUAAAAAUAUUUAAGUGCUGUAAAAAUUGAAGUAGUCUUGCUUUGUAACAGUGAAUUAUCCUUGGGUCCUACUGUGUUUGCAGUACCAACUGCAAUUUUUACUUUCAAGUUAUUCUGAAAAUUACUUUUCCUAAAUGUUUGAAUUUCAAUAGUAACUUAAAUCUGUAAUUUAAAUCCAGCUAGGUCUUGAAUAACUGCUGGAAGCAAGCCCCUAGUUAGGAUUUCAGGGGUUUUUUCCUCCUUUCUUCCCUUCAUCAAAAUACUAAAAUCAGCCAGAGUCUAAACUUGAUUGAAGUGUAAGUAAUGUGUUUAAUAAGAAGAGGAAAAAUAGAUUAUUUUAACAAGUGCAUUAAGGGAGAAUUAGAUGUGGAAAUCAAGUAUUGGAUGACCUUAAAUAUUUAAAACUGUGUGAGGAAGCAAAUACUCAUGAAUAGAUUAUAUUCCCAGUAAGGACUUGCUUUUUAGUGUCUUGUAUGUGACCUUUGUGGUUUUUGAGUUUUGUUGGUUUUGGUUUUUUUUAAAGCUACAUGGGAGUUGCCAGCUUUGGUUUGUUGGAUAUUAUCGUAGCUGGUGGAUAUACUCAUUAUAAAGCUGAAUCGUGUGUUUACCUGGUGGAAAAUAGAUUUUAACCUAGUUUUGUAGGGAAUAAUGUUUUGACACUAGUAGUUCCUGACAAAAAAAAAUUAUCUAUUUUUUUUUUAGCUAUACUAGCUUG